AUGGACUCCCCCAUCGUGGCCCAUCUCUUCCGCCAGCUGUUCCGCCACCGGCCUCGCGGAUGCCAGGGCCUGCGCAAUGGCCUCGCCCGCACCCACAAGCAGCCGGCCCGCGGCCUCGCGACGAGACCCUCCAUCGACCGCGGCAUGAAGACCAACGAGAGCCGCUGGCAGCAGAGGACGCACAUCCUGCCCGAGGACCGGAGGGAGGAGUUUGCAGAGUACCCCUACAUCUCGCUGCAGGAGCUGAGGACGAGGACGGAGCGGCCGCGGAGGGUCAAGAUGCUGCUUCGGGACUUUAUAGAUGACAGUCUAUACAAUCCCUCGUACGGCUACUUCUCCAAGGAAGCCGUCAUCUUCAGCCCCGGCGAGCCCUUCGACUUCAACUCCAUGCGCGACGAGCUCGAGUUCCAGGCCGAGCUGGGCAGGCGAUACACCGAGUUCGAGGACCAGCUCGACGAAAGGGACGGCGGCGAGAGCCCGACGCGGCAGCUGUGGCACACGCCGACGGAGCUCUUCCGGCCGCACUACGGCGAGGCCAUCGCGCGGUACCUCGUCUCCAACUACCGGCUGACGACGUAUCCCUACGACGACCUGCUCAUCUUCGAGAUGGGCGCCGGCAGGGGCACCCUCAUGCUCAACAUCCUCGACUACAUCCGCGCCGCCGACCCGCAGGUCUACGCCCGCACAAAGUUCAACAUCAUCGAGAUCUCGUCGUCGCUCGCCGCCCUGCAGAGCCAGCACCUGCUCUCCACGGCCGAGUCCCGCGGCCACGCCGACAAGGUCGAGAUCGUCAACCGCUCCAUCUUCGACUGGGACCGCUACGUGCCCUCGCCGUGCUUCUUCCUCGCCAUGGAGGUCUUUGACAACUUCUCCCACGACGGCAUCCGCUACGACGUCCUCACCGAGGAGCCCCUGCAGGGCCACGUCCUCAUCGACGGCGACGGCGACUUUUACGAGUUCUACGUCCACGAGCUCGACCCCCUCGCCGCGCGCUUCUUCCGCGUCCGCCACGCCGCCACCGGCGGCAACUACCCGAAGCCCUACCCUUCCAACCCGCUCCUGCGCUACCUGUCCACCAAGAUGCCCUUUGCCGCCAACCUGUCCGAGGCCGAGUUCAUCCCCACCCGCCUCAUGCAGUUCUUCGACGUCCUGGAAAAGUACUUUCCCGCCCACCGCCUGCUCACCUCCGACUUUGAUUCCCUUCCCCAGGCCAUCAAGGGCCUCAACGCACCCGUAGUGCAGACGCGCUUCCAGCGGAAAAUGGUGCCCGUCACCACUCCCCUCGUCCACCAAGGCUACUUUGACAUCCUCUUCCCCACAGACUUCCACAUCACAGAGGCCAUCUACCGCGCCAUCACGGGGAAACUGACCCGCGUCAUGUCGCACGGCGACUUCAUGCGCCGCUGGGCGUACGUCGAGGACACGGAGACGAGGAGCGGCGAGAACCCGCUGCUGUCGCACUAUAGAAAUGCCAGUGUCAUGGUUACUGUGUAA